UCACCAAUAUCUGAGGUCGAUAAACAAAUGCGGACCAGGGAUGAGGUAAUACGCAUACUGCAAGAAAAUUUGGUAAUGGCUUCCAACAGAAUGAAACAACUGGCAGACACGGGUAGACGUGAAGUGCAUUUUGCUGUUGGCGACCUUGUUUAUUUAAAGCUUCGCCCAUUUCGCCAACAUUCUGUUUUUCGUAGGGCAAACCAAAAGCUAGCAUGCAAGUUCUUCGGCCCAUAUAAAGUCUUGGAAAAAAUAGGAGAUGUCGCUUACAAGCUUGAGUUGCCAGAAAGUGCUCGUAUUCAUCCUGUAUUUCAUGUAUCACUCCUUAAAAGGCAUGUGGGACCAACAACAUCAAUAACAACAUUACCGCCUUAUUCGGAAGAUGGGGAACCCAUUUUUGAACCAGAAAACAUUCUCAAUUUUCGAGAUGUCCGUACUAGUCUGGAAUUGUUCAUGAAGCCCUGGUGAAAUGGGCCUCUCUAGACCAUAAUGAUGCCACUUGGGAACCAGUAGAGAUAAUAAAGAGUCAGUUUCCUAAUUUUUACCUUGAGGACAAGGUUCGAGUUCGAGAAAGGGGCAAUGAUGAGGACAAGGCGGUAAUUCAACGACGCAGCAAACGGACACGACAGAGGAACUCUAGGCUAAAUAACUAUAUUACUUAAAGUCUCCAUUCUUUUAAUUAAUUACUUUUUAGUUUCCUAGUAGUAUUAAUAU